GAGAGAGAGGAGAGAGAGAGAGAGAGGAGCAACCAAAGCAAUCAGCAAAGUGAAUCAUUGUUUGAUCUUCAUUCUCUCUCUCCUCAGUUUUUUUUUUUUGACUAUCUGUAGUCACGCAUUUACACCAACACCAACACAAACACAGAAAAACCAUCCGGAGAGGAGAGAGAGAGAAGAGAGAGAGAAUGGGAGAGUGCUGUCCUCCGAUGGAUCUGUUCAGGUCGGAGCCGAUGCAGCUCGUCCAGAUCAUCAUCCCCAUCGAGUCCGCUCACCCUACCGUCUCUUAUCUCGGCGACCUCGGUCUCAUCCAGUUCAAAGACCUCAAUUCAGAGAAGAGCCCGUUUCAGAGGACAUAUGCUGCUCAGAUUAAAAGAAGUGCAGAGAUGGCACGCAAAUUACGUUUCUUUAAGGAGCAAAUGUCAAAGGCAGAUUUACCUCCUUCAAAGUCUGCAAGACAAGUUGAUGUCAAUGUGGAUGACCUAGAGGUAAAACUUGGUGAACUUGAGGCAGAGCUGAUUGAAAUAAAUUUGAAUGAUGAAAAGUUGCAACGUUCAUAUAAUGAACUCUUAGAAUAUAAGCUUGUUCUGGAAAAGGCUGGUGAGUUUUUUCACGCAGCUCGAAGCAGUGCUGUGUUGCAUCAGAGAGAAAAUGAAUUCCGUGAUAUCGGUGAUGAAUCCCUGGACAUGCCUUUGUUAUUGGAGCAAGAAACAUCAACCGAUCCAUCAAAGCAAGUGAAGUUGGGAUUUCUCACUGGUCUUGUUCCCAGGGAAAAGUCUUUGGCAUUUGAGAGGAUUCUAUUUCGAGCUACUCGGGGUAAUGUUUUUCUGAGGCAGACUGUUGUUGAGAAUCCCGUGACUGAUCCUGUUUCAGGAGAGAAGGUUGAGAAAAAUGUUUUUGUGGUAUUCUACUCUGGGGAAAGAGCAAAGAGCAAAAUUCUCAAAAUAUGUGAUGCCUUUGGUGCUAAUCGAUACUCUUUUACUGAGGACCUAGGUAGACAAUAUCAGAUGAUUACUGAGGUUUCGGGAAGACUUUCAGAGCUAAAGACUACCAUAGAUGUUGGAGUGUUACUUCGGGGAAGUUUGUUACAGACUAUUGGCGAGCAUUUUGAGCAGUGGAACCUUUUGGUGAGGAAGGAGAAAUCCAUAUACCACCAUCUUAACAUGCUUAGCCUUGAUGUUACAAAAAAAUGUCUUGUGGCUGAAGGGUGGAGUCCUGUUUUUGCAUCAAAACAGAUCCAAGAUGCAUUGCAGCGGGCAGCAUUUGAUUCCAACUCACAAGUUGGAGCUAUUUUCCAGGUUUUGCAUGCUAAGGAGGCACCACCUACCUAUUUCCGUACAAACAAAUUCACUUCUUCUUUUCAAGAAAUUGUUGAUGCAUACGGGGUGGCUAAGUAUCAAGAAGCAAAUCCUGCUGUAUAUACCAUCGUGACAUUCCCGUUUCUUUUUGCUGUCAUGUUUGGUGAUUGGGGACAUGGAAUAUGUUUGUUACUUGCGGCCUUAUAUUUAAUAGGCAGGGAAAAGAAGCUUUCUAGUCAGAAGCUUGGAGACAUCAUGGAGAUGGCCUUUGGUGGUCGUUAUGUGAUUUUGUUGAUGGCAAUUUUCUCAAUCUACACAGGUUUUAUCUAUAAUGAGUUCUUCUCUGUCCCGUUCGAACUGUUUGGUCCCUCAGCAUAUGCAUGCCGUGAUCUUUCUUGCAGAGAUGCUACUACAGCUGGCUUGAUUAAGGUGCGGCCCACAUACCCAUUUGGCCUGGAUCCUGUAUGGCAUGGAUCCCGCAGUGAGCUUCCAUUUCUAAACUCAUUGAAGAUGAAAAUGUCAAUUAUUAUUGGCGUGGUCCAGAUGAACCUGGGAAUUAUGAUCAGUUAUUUCAAUGCCAGGUUCUUUCGAAGUAAUUUGAAUGUUUGGUUCCAGUUUAUACCCCAGAUGAUAUUUUUAAACGGUCUAUUUGGCUACUUGUCUGUUCUCAUUGUUAUGAAGUGGUGGACUGGUUCAAAAGCUGAUCUCUACCAUGUAAUGAUAUACAUGUUCCUAAGUCCUACAGACGAGCUAGGUGAAAAUCAGCUUUUCAAUGGUCAGAAAACAGUUCAGCUUGUACUAUUAUUGUUGGCUUUUGUUGCUGUACCAUGGAUGCUGUUUCCAAAGCCUUUUCUUUUGAAGAAGCAACACCAAGAUCGGCAUCAAGGUCAAUCCUAUGCUCUACUUGAGAACACCGAAGAGAGCUUGCAGGUGAAUUCAAACCAUGAUGCCCAUGGUCAUGAGGAGUUUGAGUUUAGUGAAGUUUUCGUACAUCAAAUGAUACACACAAUAGAAUUUGUACUUGGAGCAGUCUCAAAUACAGCUUCUUACCUUCGUCUAUGGGCUUUAAGUCUUGCUCAUUCAGAGUUGUCCAGUGUGUUCUACGACAAGGUUCUCCUAACAGCCUGGGGGUUCAACAAUUGGAUUAUACUCAUAGUGGGUCUCAUCGUCUUUGUGUGCGCCACUGUCGGUGUUUUACUACUGAUGGAAACCCUCAGUGCUUUCCUUCACGCUCUUCGACUUCACUGGGUGGAAUUCCAGAACAAGUUUUAUGAAGGGGAUGGUUACAAAUUCUAUCCGUACUCGUUCGCACUGCUUGACGACGACGAUGAGUGAUGCCGUAAAAAGAAGUCGUUGGCGGUGUUUAAGCCAUGGAGUCGACUGUGAAUAGGUACGAACCCGAGUUGAUUCUUUCAUUCGAACAGUACAAAAGAAAGCAAUUGUGAUGCACCUUGUAUGAGGAGUUUUCGGUUGGUUUUCGAAUUGGGCAUCACCCACUUUAAGCAUGUUUAUUUAUUUGUUCUUGGGAGGAAUAAGCAAGUUUAUUAGGCCAGCGUCUUAAUGUAUAUGGCAAUUGUGACCGUAUGUAAUAAAGACGAUAAUUAGUAUUGUGCUGUUCGAGUAAUCCAGAGUACAUCUUCUAAAUUAUGCUAUUAGUAAUUAAUAAUAUAGUUCUUCACCAA